UGUAUGCGUUCACGCGCGAGGCGGUGCCACUCACUGUAAUUAUGUCGCUGAGAGCUCCUCCUCCGCCCAUUUCUUAAUCCCUUAUAUCCGCUAAUACCGUGUCAAACAUUUCCCCACUAAAGCCCCAGCUGCCGUCAACCAACAUAGGCUAUCAAAGUCCCUUUUGUGAAUCUCCGAGUUUGGGACAGCUUUUUAUUUACCUCCGCUGACGUCUGAGGAGAGAGAAAGCUGAUCGGCAUGGCCUCCUCUGACGAUACAGAGGGGUCCUUGACUCCUGUGGAUUUUAUCCAGCUGCAGCAUUACAUGGAAUACAGCAGUUUGAGGGUGAAAGAUGUGAUCAAGGAGUUUCACCCUGGGGGUCGGCUGGCCCAGCACAGCAAUGGAGAGUGCGUCGAUGCAGUGGGUUUCUGUCUCUUUCUCAAGACCUACCUAGAAGUGGAUGACUUCCCUGCAGAUUUCUGCCAACGCCUUUUUCGGUAUUUUCAACAUGUGGAGCAUGGGUCCACAAAGAGCCCUCUGCCCAAAGGAGGUGGGGUCUUUCUUCGUGAUGUGUCCUGUUACUUCUCAGUGCUGGAGGAAGGACAGCCACGGGAGAAGCUUGAAUUUACUUUCAAACUUUAUGAUAAAGACUGCAACCAACUCCUGGACAGCUCAGAGGUGGAUCGUAUAAUCACCCAGAUGAUGCGAGCUGCUGAUUACCUGGGCUGGGACGUGACUGAACUCAGACCAGUGCUCAAAGACAUGAUGACAGCGAUCGAUGUGGAUGGCAGUGGGACUGUCACUCUGGAGGAAUGGGUGAAGGGAGGCAUGACCAACGUGCCUUUACUUGUUCUGCUUGGACUGAAGAUGACAGAAAGGGAUGGACAGCAUAUUUGGAGGAUGAAGCACUUUAACAGGCCGACCUACUGCAAUGUGUGUCAGAGCAUGCUGCUCGGCCUCGGGAAGCAGGGACUCUGCUGCACCUGUUGCAAGUACACCGUCCACAGUCAGUGUGCCAACAAGAAUCCCGAACCCUGCGCUCGUACUUUUGUUAAAUCUAAAUCGACGAUUGGUUGUCGCAACCACAACUCACAAUCUGUGAUGGAUCGCAACAGUGAACUGGCCAAGUUUCGUCAGCUGCUUCCGGAGGUAGCAGCUCACGACUGGAUCAGAGCUGACUGUAACUCCUCCAAGUGUCAGGUCUGCCACAAGAAGAUCAAAACUGUAGCGGGGAAGCGUUGUGUGUGGUGCCAGGAGAUGCGUCAUGAUGAGUGUCUUUUGUCUGGCUUGUCGUCCUGUGAUUGUGGGCCACUUAGAGAUCAUAUACUGCCUCCGUGGGCCAUAUACGCUGUCUCAAAGGAGGAGGACACUAGCUUGUUAAACGUCACACCUGAUGGCCACAUCCUGCAGAUUGUCCCGAUUCCAGACACCCACCCUCUGCUGGUGUUUGUGAACCCAAAAAGUGGAGGAAAGCAGGGUCAACGAGUGCUCAGGAAGUUUCAGUACCUGCUGAACCCACGUCAAGUGUACAACCUUUCCAACGGAGGUCCUGCACCAGGACUACACUUCUUCCGCAACCUGCGUGAGUACAGGAUCUUGGUGUGUGGAGGAGACGGCACCGUUGGGUGGCUACUGGAUGCUAUAGACAAAGAAAACCUGCAGGUGCGUCCUCCAGUAGCUGUCCUGCCUCUGGGCACCGGGAAUGACCUAGCUCGCUGUCUUCGCUGGGGAGGAGGCUACGAUGGGUCAGACUUGAGAGAGAUCCUGAAGGAGAUCGAAGCUAGCCAGUUGGUUCUCAUGGACCGCUGGAGCAUCCAGGUGAUACCAGACGACCCCCAAGAGGCAGGAGACCCUGUGCCCUUCCAGAUCAUUAACAACUACUUCUCUAUUGGAGUGGAUGCCUCUAUCGCUCAUCGCUUCCACUCCAUGAGAGAGAAACACCCCCAGAGAUUCAACAGCAGAAUGAAGAACAAACUUUGGUAUUUUGAGUUUGCGACUACUGAGACCAUAUCUGCGUCUUGCAAGAAGCUGAAGGAGUGUCUAACGAUUGAGUGCUGUGGGAGGACACUGGACCUGAGCAGCAUGUCUCUGGAGGGCAUAGCUGUCCUCAACAUACCCAGCAUGCACGGAGGCUCCAACCUUUGGGGCGAGUCCAAGAAGCCUGAUUGUGUGCCAGAGGUGAAGCACAGUGAGGUUAUCACUGACCCUGACCUUUUAAAAACAAUCUCUCAAGAUAUGAGUGAUGAGCGUUUGGAAGUGGUGGGGCUGGAAGGAGCCAUAGAGAUGGGACAGAUCUACAGUGGACUGAAGAGAGCCGGGCACAGACUGGCACAGACUUACCAAAUUACCAUCAGGACAAUCAAAGCCCUACCCAUGCAAAUUGAUGGGGAGCCCUGGAUGCAGCCUCCAUGUACUAUCCACAUAACUCACAAGAACCAAGCUAAAAUGCUGAUGGCUGCACCAACAAAACCAACUGGCUUCUUUAACCUCAAGUAAAUUAACGCGUCCACUACAUCCUCCAAUCUGCUGAGUCACAACAGAACAUCUAUAUUAUCUUGAAUGACGCAGGAUGAGUAUUUGAAAGAGAGCGUCCAUCGCUGAGUGUGUAACUGUGUGUUUCUAUUAUUAAGUAUUAUUGUGUAUGUCUUUUGCACUUUAAUCCCUGAUAUAAUUCUAAAUAAUUUCAAAGUACAGACAGUUUGCACUCAGGCAGAGACCACACUGACAGGCCAAAUCAAAAGUGCAAAUUGCACUACUCAGUCUGAUCACUGCUAUUGUGUGCCAACUUAAAUGCAAUGCAUCCCUUUGUUUUCUGUAAAUAAAAUAGCAGAGCAUCUUCUACGGUAGACUGAUACAGAAUAUAUUUGCUUAUUGUGUAUGUUGUGAGAGCUUUUUUGUGCUUUAUCAAAUUUACAGUAGUGUUUCAUCUGAGUUUCAUCUGUACUUCCUAAUGCAGCUGGUGAUAAACUUGCUUUUGCCUUCAGAAGCUCACAGCAGCUCACCCUUGUUCAACAACACUAUCCUACCUGUCUGUUCUUGUGUCUUUUACUGUCAGUUUUCAUCCAACUAAAAGAAAAAUGUAUAAUGUAAUAACGUCAGUGUUUUUUUUUACUGUCUCUUAGAUAGGUGGAGAAUUAUUUGAGAAACACUUGACUGAAUAUAAAUGUGGCGACAUAAAGAUUUGAUCCACAGUUAUAACUGAGUCCUGAAAGCGCUGGGCAGGGGGGUUUGAUAGAGAUUUCCCAAAUUUUCCAAGUUCAGUGUAAAAAAACGCAUUCCAUUGAAUUUAAUACAUUAAGGUGCACUGGACAAGAGUUGCGUUAGUUUUCUAGAUGUUGUUGUCCUGUAACUUUGCUGACAAUUUAUGUAUUUGCAUCAUCUUUGUAACAAGAUUCUCCCAUUGCUUAUGCUUCUUAAAACAGUCAAACAAUAUAGAGAAACCUUCAGAAAUCUAAUGAAGUCAGAUAUUUCCCACCUAAUAAUCUAUUUUGUGACUGGAGAAAUGUUGGGUGAAAAUGCUGAUGUUAAGAUUGUGUUUCAGUGAUGUGCAUUAUGUGUCUUCAACCUUCUGGAGUCAGUCUUAUGUUGGAUUUUCAGUGUAUGAAUAUACAUGUAACAUGCUUUUAUUAUUAUUAUUGUAUUAUCUUGUCUUAAUUUUAAAUUUUGUAGUUGUCCUGCAUGUGUUUCGACAAUAUUGCAUAUUCAGUUUCAGUGAGGCUCAUAUGGCAUUGAAUUGUUCUCAGAAAGAAUUACAAUAUGUUGCCCCCAUUACAAGUCACUUUGUUAUAUACUUUCUGACCUAUUUAUAUUUGUGGAAAUAUCACUGUUAGUUGCAGCUGAAUAAUACGCUCUCAAUGGUUUGGUUACACUGGAAUUAUGGAGACUACCAUAAGGUGCUAGUGUUUAUUAUGAGGAUACAGAAAAUGUUCAACGAAAUCUUAAACUUUUAAAGGACAAAAGGCAGCAUAUUCAAAUGUUAACAUGGCCACAUGACUUGCAUACUGCUUAUAAUGUAAAGUAGAACAAUACAAAAAUGUGCCUGUAAAAACAUCUUUAACACAUGUAGGGCACUCCUAAUGCUUAUCUGCCAUAAAGAAAGUUUAUCAACAA